AUAACUCAUCAACAACUGCAUAAGUGACAAAGGGUAAAGCUUAUCAAACGAUGACCGCUCUAACGACGACAAACUAUAACGCGAUCUUAUCGAUUGCAGUUGAUACUAGCGAUGGCGAAUGUGGUCCCUCUGUUUUGGCUGCCGGUGAAAAUUGCAUUGGCGACGAUAACUACAGUGAAUGUGACAGCAGCUACGAUGCAUACGAUGAAAUUUGCAAGCAGGGUGAGUAUCUCCGUAUGCUCCGCCAAUUGGAGUUGGAAGACGAGGCCUUGAGAGAAAAGGAGAGGUUAGAAAACCAGCUAGACGACGAAGGCAACGAAGAAAACGAUAACCACGAUAACAGCAGCACUCUUGCCUACGAAAAGUAUCUUCGAAACCCAGAGAAAAAAUACGACGAUUAUAAACAUGUAAAUUACCAGUUUAUUGAUUUUGGAGUAAUCGCAUCUCCCCACAGAUGCAGCAGCGACGAAAACGAUAAUUGCCACGAUAAUGUACACAUGGAGCAAAAUCGUCCACUUACGAUUGAACAAGACCGGAACCUGGGAAAGGGUGGCUUCGUUUGGGAUAGUGGCGUUAUUCUGGCACAGUCUGUGUUGAGAAUGGAAGCUAGAGAAACUGAUUGGCUUUCAAAUAUCAGCCAUACCUGCAACAAAAACAAGACUAAAAUCAUUGAACUUGGGGCCGGCACCGGAAUCACCUCCUUGCUCAUUGCGUCCGCACGACCCCACACAACCGUCCAUCUAACCGACCUUCCAACGCUUCAACCCUUGUUGAAAAAAAAUUGUCAAAGAAAUUGUCCCGAAAGAACUACACAUGGAGUCUUGGAAUGGGGGAAGCAGCCGUUUGGUGACGAUGUGGAUGUCCCCUACGACAUUAUUCUUGGAGCAGACGUAGUGACCGGCAUUUACGAUUCAUCGGGUCUUGCGAAGACCAUAUACGAUUUGGCACACGAAAAGACGGUUGUAUACCUUGCCCUGAAAGAUCGAUUGAGCGGAACAAUCGAUCGGUUCGAGUCGUAUAUGAGAGAAUUGUUUCGAGUGAUCGAGCGAAAAGAUGCCGACAGUGACAACAAAAACCCAGGCGUAUUCAUCUUGAAGAUCUCUGGGAAACGAAUAUACUGUUGAAGCAACGAAAUGACAAGAACGCUGCAAAAAAAACAUUGCUAAAAGAUCGAAAUAUUCUGUUGAUAGAAUUUUCUGGGAUGAUAUAGUGUCUUCUACGUAUUUGAAAUUGAAAAUGUUGUACAAUGCGUCAAUCCUACCAUAGUUGCACCAACCCCACCUGAAAGUGGCAAGGAAAAACAACGAGAGCGGCAACUAAUGUGUCGCACUAAUGUAAAUAAAAUAGAGUUAAAAAA